AUGAGCAACUUCCUAGUCCGUCUCUGGGACGCCAUCUUCCUUCCGGGAACAAACCGUGAACUCGAGCAGGCAACACACGCCUCAUUUGCCCUCCUAACUCUCUCCCUUGUAUGGAUGCUCUACACGAGCAGAUCUAUCCAUUUCUUCAACCUCCUCGUUAUCUCCCUCUGUCUCUGGGCCGCCGUGGCGUGGUUUCUAACCGAACUUAAGAAGGAAAAGGCAAAACUCAAGAGCAACGGCGAACUGCUGGCCGAGCAGGAGGAAACGUCAUUGUCUUCAUCGUCUCCGUCGUCUCCGUCGUCUCAAACUCCUGCAGACUCUGCAGAAUCUGCAGCGAUUCCUCCAUCAAAGGGGAAAACUACUGGUGCAUCGGCCAAUUUCAAGGAUUGA